AUGGAAGAGCCAAGCCAGCCCAGCAAUAUCGACGUGGACAAAGGCUUUGCCAUCGCCUUUGUGGUUCUUCUGUUUCUAUUCCUAAUAGUGAUGAUUUUUCGGUGUGCUAAGUUGGUGAAGAAUCCCUACAAGGCCAGCUCCACAACCACAGAACCAUCUCUGAGCUGAAGUAUGAUGAAACCUUGUAGAUGUCCCC